AUCUCACCGCUGAGUAAUUAUGAAUUCGGCUGAUUUCGGUACAGAAAAAAUUCAAUACAAAUAAUACCUUCACUCCUCUCUUGACUUCGAAGACAAAAACUGAAAACAGAACCGAAACAAGAGAAACCAGAGAUCGAAACGGAAUGGAGAUCGAAGAUUCCUCUCGUGUUCAUGUGAUGCUGGUCUCGUUCCCGGGACAAGGCCACGUGAAUCCACUUCUUCGUCUCGGCAAGCUCAUCGCUUCGAAGGGUUUGCUCGUCACUUUCGUCACGACUGAGCUUUGGGGCAAGAAGAUGAGAAAAACCGACAAGAUGGUCGCCGGAGAAGUCACUCCUGUCGGAAAAGGCUUCCUCCGUUUCGAAUUCUACGACGACGAGUGGUCGGAAGACGACGAGAGACGAGCUGACUUCCCCGUCUACCGGCAGCAGAUCGAACUCACCGGGAAACGAGAGAUCUCGAGGCUGAUAAAGAUCUUCAAGGACAAGAACGAACCCGUUUCUUGUCUUGUGAACAACCCUUUUAUAGCGUGGGUCUGUGAUCUUGCCGAGGAGCUUCAUAUCGCUUCUGCUGUCCUCUGGGUUCAAUCUUGCGCAUGUUUUUCAGCGUACUACCAUUACGAGCAUCGUUUAGCUCGGUUUCCGACCGAGGCUGAGCCCGAAAUCGACGUCCAGUUGCCAUGCAUGCCUCUGCUCAAACACGACGAGAUCCCUAGCUUUCUUCACCCUUUAUCUCCCUAUGGACCUUUCAGAGAAGUAAUCCUCGAACAGUUCAGGAAUCUGAACAAACCCUUUUGCAUUCUCAUCGACACUUUCGACGCUAUCGAGCACGACAUCAUCGACCACAUGUCCAAAUUUUGCCCUCUCAAGCCCGUCGGCCCGCUCUUCAAGCUCGCCAAAUCCAUCGCCGGAGGAGAUAUCUCCCAGCCGGCGACAUCCGACCACUGCCUUGACUGGCUCCCCAAACAACCACCGUCCUCCGUCGUCUACAUCUCGUUCGGAACCGUGGUCUUUCUGAAACAAGAACAGAUCGACGAGAUCGCGCAUGGCGUCCUGAACGCCGACGUUUCGUUCUUGUGGGUGGUCAGGCCACCUCCCGAAGGGCUCGUCAACGUUUCUCCGCACGUUUUCCCUCAAGAACUGAGAGAGAAAACCGACAAGGGCAAGAUCGUGGAAUGGUGUCCGCAAGAAAGAGUUCUGUCUCACCCUGCCGUGGCCUGUUUCGUCACCCACUGCGGAUGGAACUCGACGAUCGAGGCGUUAUCUCUGGGAGUUCCCGUCGUCUGUUUCCCUCAAUGGGGCGAUCAAGUCACUGACGCCGUUUAUCUAACGGACGUUUUCAAGACGGGACUGAGGCUGAGCCGCGGCGAGGCGGAGAAGAGGAUCGUGCCGAGGGAUGAGGUGGCGGAGCGGCUGCGGGAGGCGACGACGGAGGAUCUGCGGCGGAGGGCGUUGAAGUGGAAGGCGGCGGCGGAGGCAGCGGUGGCGGCGGGUGGGUCGUCGGACAGGAACUUGCAGGAGUUCGUGGACAAGUUGCGUGGGAAAUCUAAGACAGUGAGCAACGGUGUCAGUGUCUUGUCUUGAUUGAAUCCGACAUUGACGUCUUUUGUUUUCUCUCUCUCUCAAAUCUUUUUCUUGUUCUUGAGUCCCGUGUCCUCUUUCUCCGUUUGUAUCCACCCGCGCUGUUAAAUAAAUAUCAUCACGCACCACGAAAAGCUAAACAUCAUUACAAAAUUUACAAUUUGUAUCA